UUUCUGUUCUCACACCCUGCCUCCUAAUUUCAGUCUGACAAGCAACUCGGUCAAAGCGAUGUUUCGAAGUUGUUCUUUCGCCUGCGCCAACCCGUUUUCAGUAUAGCUGUUGCUACAAAGGAGAAAGACUGACAGGCACCGACUGAACACCUAUUUCUGCCAAGGACAGUAGAAGGCCCCAGGACGUAGAAAUCGGCACGCUUUUCUCCCUGUUUUUGGAUCGCUACGAGGUGUUAUUUCCUGAGUGCUUUGUGGUGCGAUCCUUGCCGGGAUGUUCGUUUCCUGUGAUGGCUGUACGUGUUCCGAUUUCAAAGGCUUCACGCUCCUUAUGCCAGCUGUAUCAGUGGGCAAUGUAGGCCAGUUGGCUAUAGAUUUAGUCAUUUCUACACUUCAUAUGCCCAGAGUUGGUUACUUUUAUACUGAUUGCCUGGUGCCAAUGGUUGGAAAUAAUCCAUAUGCAACAACUGAAGAGGAUGCAACCAAACUAUGCAUAAAUGCUGAAGUGUAUGCAGCAGCAUCAAAAGAAUUGGUGGUUCUGCAGAUCAGAUCACCAUUCAUAAAGAAUAAAUAUAGGUUGUUUUGUCAAAUAUUGCUCUCGUGGGUGAAAAAAUGUGGAUUUUACAAAAUUGUUCUCUUGUCAAGCAGUCAUGCUUAUCAGCGCAAUGACCAACAGCUUCAUGGCACUGCAUUGCGAUACUUGAUUUCACCUGCCGUUGGCAAAACAGUGGGAAAUAUUUUGGAGAGACUGAGCGGUAGUGAAUUGGAGCAAAUAUCAGCAUUUCCUGGAGUAAAUGAUGACAAAAUAUUCUAUAUUCCAGGAGGUGGUAUUACAAAACUAUUAUUCACAGAGAGUUGUUCAAAAGAAAUUCCACUGGUAGUUUUGCUGAAAUUUUGCUCCGAAGGAGAUAAUAUUCCUGAUGCUUUUGCUCUUGCCGAUUACCUUAAUGAAGUUUUACCACUAAUUUCACCUCAGAAUAGCACUUCUCAAGCAAAAUCUCCAAGAUGGAAAAUACCAAGUUCCUGGAAACUACUUUUUGGUAGUGGUCUCCCAUCUUCGUUGUUUUAAAUCACAUUGUUUUUCACAUAGUCCAUUUGCAUCUACAGGCCUAUGUAAUUUUGUGUGAAAUUAUCACUUUUCAUGGAUAUUUUAAUUUACUGGAGCAAACUUAUAUCAAAACUGGAUAAAGUUGGACAUAAAAUAAAUCCUUGGCAUACUUUUGGUUCAAAUAUCAAAAUGUUCCAUGCUUCUUCUCAUUAUACAUAUUUAAUUUCUUCUUAAGAGUAAAUAAAAGAAAACUGAGAUAUUCAACAUGUA